GCCGGAAGUCCCGCCCGCCGCGUAGUCCCCGUCGCCGCCGCCGCCGCCGCCGCCGUUGUUGUUGUGGUCGGUGCGCUGAGCUCCGCGGCUCCCCGGGCCGGCUGCGUCCUUCCCCGCCGCCGCCAUGAAGUGGAUGUUCAAGGAGGACCACUCGCUGGAACACAGAUGCGUGGAGUCGGCCAAGAUCCGAGCCAAGUACCCCGACCGGGUUCCGGUGAUUGUGGAGAAGGUGUCAGGCUCUCAGAUUGUGGACAUUGACAAGCGGAAGUAUCUGGUCCCAUCUGACAUCACUGUGGCUCAGUUCAUGUGGAUCAUCAGGAAAAGGAUCCAGCUUCCGUCGGAAAAGGCCAUCUUCCUGUUUGUGGAUAAGACGGUCCCACAGUCCAGCCUAACGAUGGGACAGCUGUACGAGAAGGAGAAAGACGAGGACGGAUUCUUGUAUGUGGCCUACAGCGGAGAGAACACCUUCGGCUUCUGAGGGCCGUGUUGGGCCGCGCCCCCCGCUCGUGUCCCUUGUACAUAGCCGGCCGCUUUCCGUUCCCGCCAGGACCUCCCAGACAGACAUGGUAGUGCGUUUGUAACUGGAUUUAGUUCUUUAAUAUAUUAUCGGAAGGUUUUGUUUCCUUAGAGUAGUAAAUUAUCACACAGUUUUAUUUCGAGUUUUCUUUUCAGGCUGUCCUCAUGGCUACCCUCUGCCGGGAACACGUUCCUCUGGGGGCCAUGAAGAUGUUUCCAUUCGAAGUGAGAUAGGUGGGUUGUUCAAGUUAAAGGGAGAGACACUGACACUAGCUCUGGAUUAUGUUUGAAGUGUUAGGUGGCUAAGUAUUAAAAGCAUCCAAAUUAAAUCCUUCGCAAUCAGAAUACUUGCUUCACUAGAUUUUGCCAACUGCCAAUCAUGUUGGACUGAAAUAAUAUGUUCCUCUUCUGAAACUAUUAAAUAAUUAACAAUAAAAUUUCCUCUUAUAAAGGCA